AUGUCCCCUCCAUCACUGGUCAUUCCGAAGCGCCACCCCAACCUCGAGCUCCUCUUCCGUCGGUUGCUUGAGCCCACAAGCUCCCCUCCAUCAUUGGCCGUCCCAAGGGCGACCUCGAGUGGGCCUUCUCGGAGCGCAACCCAACCUCAAGCUCCCUUCCACCGAUUGCUUGCGGGGUACCUCAAGUCAGACACAUCGUUGUCACUUGAGGAGAUACAAAAUGCUCUACUAGCCCUAGCCCAGGGAGAUGAGAAUACUAUCAUCUGCAUGGAGAUGCUCCUCCAUGCUCUUCAGGUGGCUCCUCGAGGUCAAGGCCGUGUGAGCAAGCAAGAACAGCAUGACCUCAACCUCAUAACUCCCAGCUCCUCCGACACAGACGAUCUUCACUUCCGAGUGAUGGUCCUCUGUUACGGCAAGCUGUCCAAUGACUACAAGAGCUGCCUGCAGUACCUGAGUGCCUUCCUCCACGAGAAAAGCAUCAGAGGACAAGCUUGGCGAGAAAAGCAUCAGCAAUACCUAUCGACUGAAUGUCUUGGAUCUCGAAGGAUGCAAAGGCCUGAAGAAGCACCACCUGAAGAGCAUCUGCAAUUGCAAGACCAUACAGACGCUUAA